UUGGGGCAUGGUGGUGGAGCCCAGAGCUGCGCCUCUGCCUCGCUGGCCUUGGGCUCUCCAUUGUUGAUUUUUUAUGGGCUUUUGUCUCCAACCCGCAGAGUGAGGCAGAGGGAGAGAGAGAAGCGUCGUCGCGUCGCCCGAAUCGGGUGAGGGAAAUCUAGACGGAACCCAAAACCCUUUCCCCUCUCUCGCGUCGUCGCUAGAUCUGAGGCCGCUUCUGCACCGGAGCGAUCGAUUGGGGGGUAUUGGAGCCGAUUCCGAGCCAAAGAUGCGUUCAUUAGGUGAAGAUUGCGGAGAUCGCAUGGCUUUUUGGGGCGCUUUCCGAUCUGCGGUUGUUUGGGGGUUUUCGCAUCGGUGGAUGAGAAGGGAAGUGUGUUUGUGAUGUUGUGUUUCGGUUCCAUCUGAUUCGAAGCUGCGGAGUGGAAAGGCCUUUUACGGAGAAGAGGGAGAGAUGGUCCUUGGUUUUCCCCUCAGGACUUGGAUUCGCAUGCGAGAUUAGGGGAAAAAAGGGAGCUUGGAGUCUCUGUACUUCGGAUAUCAUCAUUUGGUUUUGAGAUAGAUGUCGAGAACUCAGAGGCAGGCCUGGGUGAGAUGAGGGAUGAUAGCGGAGUUGAUGAACUUUCUGAAGGCCUGCUGGCGGCCGUCGUCAGUCCCGUAUGCCCAUACAGGCUCCGACACUGUUGGCCGGCAGGAUGGGCUUCUUUGGUACAAGGACAGUGGGCAGCACAUGAAUGGAGAAUUCUCCAUGGCCGUGGUCCAAGCAAACAGCUUGCUUGAGGACCAGAGCCAGAUCGAGUCGGGCCCAUUGAGCUUACUCGAGUCCGGCCCGUAUGGGACCUUUGUUGGGAUCUAUGAUGGUCAUGGUGGCCCGGAAACAUCCCGUUUUAUCAAUGAUAAUCUUUUCCACCAUCUUCAGAGGUUUACAUCUGAGCAGCAGUCAAUGUCUGCUGAUGUAAUAAAGAAGGCGUAUCAGGCAACAGAAGAGGGUUUUAUCUCUCUAGUCACCAAACAAUGGCCUAUGAAACCUCAAAUUGCUGCUGUUGGCUCAUGCUGUCUGGUUGGUGUUAUCUGUGGUGGUAUGCUAUAUAUAGCCAAUCUUGGAGACUCUCGUGUAGUUUUAGGGAGACUUGUCAAAGCAACUGGAGAGGUUUUGGCUGUCCAGUUGUCAACAGAGCACAAUGCAGGUAUUGAGUCUGUGAGACAAGAGUUGCAUUCAUUGCACCCAGAGGAUUCACAGAUAGUUGUUUUGAAGCACAAUGUUUGGCGUGUGAAGGGCCUCAUCCAGGUUAGCAGGUCAAUUGGCGAUGUAUACCUGAAAAAGGCAGAGUUUAACCGAGAACCAUUGUACGUAAAAUUUCGCCUUCGUGAGCCCUUCAAAAACCCAAUACUUAGUUCAGAACCAUCAAUUUCUGUGCAACCAUUGCAACCACAAGACCAGUUUCUCAUAUUUGCAUCUGAUGGACUCUGGGAGCACCUUAGCAACCAAGGAGCAGUUGACAUUGUUCAUAACAAUCCCCGCAGUGGAAGUGCUCGCAGGCUUGUGAAAGCUGCACUUCAAGAAGCGGCCAAGAAAAGAGAGAUGAGGUACUCCGAUCUCAAUAAGAUUGAUCGCGGGGUCCGUCGGCAUUUCCAUGAUGAUAUAACCGUCAUUGUUGUGUUCCUUGAUUCAAACCUUGUAAGCAGAGCAAGCUCACACAGGGGCCCCACACUUUCUGUAAGAGGAGGGGGAAUCAAUCUGCCAGCAAAUUCUCUUGCACCUUGUGCAACACCCACGGAACUUGGUGUUUCCUGAUUAAGCCACAGCUCAGCUCAUCUUUCCCUCUUCUGUACUAAAUUAAACACCCAGAAUGACUCCCAUGAUCAUGCCCUUAUUGUUGUAAAAAUAGGGAGAUAGAGCAUCUUUGUAUCUGUAAACUGUUAUACUGUAGCAUUUAUAUGCAGAGAAUAGUUUCCUUUUGCGUAUGCUUCCUAUGAACUAGGUUUCUUUCUUUCUUUCUUUCUUUCUGUCUGAGAAGCAGGGAAAGGAGAUUAAAGGCUGAGGGUUUACUAGAAUUCUUCGUUUAAAAUCCCCUUUAUUUUCUUCUUUCCUCACUUUUGGUAUGUAAAUUCCAAUGGACACCAACUCCUGCUAUUCUAUUUC